GUCUAAAGUCCGAGCGGGUAGCUUAGCUAUAGUAUAGUUCUGUUGCCCCACGACUUCAAGGUCCCGAGUAGACGACUUUAUAUUGCUCCCGCUGGGUAAAUUCAACCUUUUGCUACCAGAUGUUUGCCUUAUAAAGCUGUAAACUUGAAUCUUCUCCACAAUGGCGUACAUUGCACCGAUACACCGGCCUAGCAGUGUUCGCCAUGCGUUGAAGUUGAACUUCCUCAGCCAUGAGGAAGAGUCCCUAGUGGUCGCCAAGGCGAAUCGUAUCGAGAUCUAUUCGCUCACACAAGAUGGCCUUCUCUCACUGCAACACAGCAAGGCUCUCUAUGGCAAAGUUACUAUACUUCAGAAGAUACGCCCGGAGUCCUCGCCCACCGACCACCUCUUCAUCGGUACGGACCGCUAUAUGUACUUCACAGUGUCAUGGGAUCCCGACUCGAGACAGCUGAAAACAGAAAAGAGCUAUGUGGAUCUAGCAGACAGAUCAGCACGAGAGUCGCAGACAGGCGAACGAUGCUUGGUAGACCCAACAUUAAAAGUCAUGACUUUGGAGAUCUUUGAGGGUAUCUUGACCGUUUUACCUAUAGUCCAGAAAGUUAGAAAGAAAGGACUACCAGGCGAAUUAGGCUCUUUGUCAGAACCUAUACAAUAUCGCAUAAGCGAAAUGUUUGUACGAUCAUCAGCUUUCUUAUAUCCGCGGUCGCAAAGCGAUAAGCCGACGAUAGCACUGCUAUAUGAAGACACACUUGGAAAAGUACGUCUGAAAUUACGAGAGAUCCGGUACCCACCUACGAUACCCGACGGGGACACUGGGUCUGGCGAGCUAGACAUUGUGGAAGGUAUUGAUGAGGAACUUGAAUUGGGAGCCAGUCUUCUUAUACCGGUCGCGGCACCCUCUUAUGGACUACUAAUUAUAGGCGAAACAUCAAUUAUGUACUACAGCGGCAACACAAAAGAGGUGACUAGGCAGGCUCUAGAUGAAGCUACGAUAUUUGUAACAUGGGAGCAAAUCGAUAGUCAGAGGUUUGUUCUUGCGGACGAUUACGGGCAACUUUACUUGCUGAUGCUUGUCGUCGAGGACGACGAAGUCGUGGACUGGAGGUUAGACAAUCUGGGAGAGAUCUCCCGGGCUUCGGUUUUGAUCUAUCUAGAUGACGGCAACCUAUUUGUUGGCUCGCACCAGGGCGAUUCGCAAGUCGUCAAAAUCUCGGAACGGAACCUUGAGAUCAUACAGACAUUCGCUAAUGUAGCGCCCAUCCUCGACUUCACGAUUAUGGACAUGGGCAAUCGUUCUGGACAGGGUCAAAGCAGCGAAUACUCUUCAGGACAAGCUCGUAUUGUCACUGGUAGCGGCGCUUAUCAGGAUGGAAGUCUACGAAGCGUGAGGAGUGGUGUAGGUCUCGAAUAUCUUGGAGUAGUCGGCGAAAUGGACCAUAUAUCCGGGCUUUUUAGUUUGUCAUCAGACCAACAAUCACCACAGGCUGAUACCAUAUUGGUGGCAUUCAUCGAUGAGACUAGGAUCUUUCACUUCAGUCCUGACGGAGAAGCCGAAGAGAAAGACGAAUUUAAAGGCCUGGUCCUGUCGGAGAGCACUCUUCUGGCCCGUAAUCUGCCCCACGGGCGCUUGCUUCAGGUGACCAGUAGUGCUGUACGCAUUACAGACCUGGAUAGUGGCAUGGUGACGUCUGAGUGGAAAUCUCCAUCCAAGAUCACGGCUGUCGCAGCAACUGAUGAAAGUCUGAUCGUUGCUCUUGGCGGCAUCGCACUGGUCAGUCUGCAAUUGAAAAACGAGAUACAGGAGCAGGCGAAACAGACCUUCUCCGAGGAUGACCAGGUAGCAUGUAUUGCUUGCUAUGGUGGUGUGUGCUUUGUUGGAUUCUGGCAAGGAGCUCGAGUGGCCGUGCUAGAUACCACGUCACUGAAGAGCAUCAAGUCUGUGUCGGUGGCUGAAGACUCUGUUCCCAGAGCGCUGCUCGUCGCACAGAUGUUCGCAAAUCAACCGCCGACACUAUUCGUGGCUAUGGCUGAUGGAAAUGUCCUCACCUUCUCUGUAAAUCCCCAAACCCAUGAGCUCUCUGGCCGGAAAGCGAUCGUUCUUGGUACCCAACAAGCCAACUUCACUCCGUUACCCCGGGGAGAUGGACUGUUUAAUGUUUUCGCAAGUUGUGACCACCCCAGCCUGAUAUACGCAUCAGAAGGGAGGUUGGUGUACUCCGCAGUGACGGCUGAGAAUGCCACCUCAGUAUGCGCAUUUGACUCAGAGGCAUUUCCGGAAGCUAUCGCGAUUGCAACUCCAGAAGAACUUAAAUUAGGCCUAAUCGAUAAUGAACGAACAACACAUGUACAGACGUUGCAAAUCAAUGAGACGGUGCGCCGCAUCGCAUAUUCUCCCUCCUUGAAGGCUUUUGGCAUGGGUACGAUCAAGCGAAAUCUCAAAGACGGUGUGGAAUCUAUACAGAGUCAUUUUCAAUUGGCAGAUGAGAUCUUGUUCCAGAAGCUGGAUGCAUACGCUUUAAACCCUGACGAGCUAAUUGAGAGUGUCAUGAGAUGCGAGUUGGAUGAUGGCGCUGGCCAGACGGCUGAACGUUUUGUUGUGGGAACGGCGUAUCUCGACGAAGAGCGAGCUGAAGCUACCCAGGGAAGGAUCCUGGUGCUUGAGGUCACAGAAGAUCGAAGGCUAAAGGUUGUUCUGGAACACGCUUUGAAAGGUGGUUGUCGCUGUCUCGACAUGGUUGACGGAAAGAUAGUCGCGGCGCUGAUCAAGACUGUCGUUGUCUUCGCUUUCGAAUAUUCAGCUCCAGGAACACCACAACUAGUCAAGAAAGCAAGCUACAGGUGCUCUACAGCACCAAUUGAUCUUUACGUAUCUGGCACUACCAUAGCGAUUGCGGAUCUCAUGAAGAGCAUCACGAUUGUCGAAUUCAAACAAAAAGAUCUCGGUCUACCUUGCACAUUAUCAGAGAUCGCUCGCCACUUCUCUACCACAUGGGGUACAGCCGUUGCCGAAGUCGAUGAAAACGUGUAUCUCGAGAGCGACGCCGAGGGAAACUUGAUUGUACUCCACCGAGACUUGGAUGGUGCAACUGCGGACGAUCGCCGGAGAUUGCGCGUGACCAGUGAGAUCCUCCUCGGUGAGCUAGUCAACAGGAUAAGGAGGAUCGAUGUUGCGACGACAGGUGAAGCCCCCGUGAUCCCCAAAGCAUUCCUAGCCACGGUCGAGGGCUCAAUCUACCUCUUCGCACUCAUCCACCCAUCGAAGCUGAAUCUCCUCAUCACGCUCCAGAACAACCUCGCCGAAUGCGUUCAGACACCCGGCAACGUCCCCUUCAACAAGUUCCGCGCCUACAGGACACAAGUCCGCGACACCGAGGAACCAUUCCGCUUCGUCGACGGCGACCUCAUCGAGCGCUUCCUCGACUGCAGCCCCGAAGUCCAAGAGACUGCCGUACAAGGCUUGGAGGCCAACGUCGAAGAAGUUCGGUCUAUGGUGGAAGCGCUGCGACGUCUGCAUUAGGCAGGACAGACGAAAUGCGCGAGGCCCCAUCGCCCCAAACCAACCAAAAGUACAUACAAUGAGCAGCU